UUUGUCAGGGGUCUGCUCUUCUCCUCGGCCAAUAGAAUACGUAGAAAGCGAGAGUGAAGGCUGCCGCUGCCAAUAGGCGACGGGCCAUAUCGUACCUGUCAAUGUGCUGGCCGUGGUAGAGAGAGCUCCGGCAGAGAUGUGGUGCCUGAGAAGGACUGACCUCGGGGGUUUGUUGUUGCUGUGCGCCGUCAGGUUAGCUUGGUGUUUCUCUCCUCGGGACCAGCUGGACGCUCGCUCGACUGAAUGGCGUCAAGAAGGCUCAUGGAAUCCACGGGUGCGGAGGAGCUUGGGGAGCGAAGUGCAGUCCCCAACCGAUGAGGGCAAGUGCGAACAGCCGAUGGCCUUUAAUGACAUCCUAGCAAAAGACACAUUCCCGGCUAACUUUGAUUCAAGUUUAGAACUGUCCUUGGUAUGGGUUGGCGACGGAUCAGGGGUUGUACUUGUUUUAACUACUUUCAGGAUUCCACUGCUUAUAGUUUCAUAUAGACAGUCAAAUCUGUACAAGAGUGAGGACUACGGUAAAACUUUCCAAGAUAUAACGAGUCUCAUAAAGAACGCAUAUAUACGAACAGAAUUUGGCAUGGGUCUUGGUCCUGAGAAUUCUGGAAGGGUUGUUCUGGUUGGUGAUGUGUCUGGAGGGAGCAAAGGAGGUCGUAUAUUUCGAUCUUCAGACUUUGCAAAAACAUUUGUUCAAACAGAUUUGGCAUUUCACCCUUUGAGGCCUAUAUCUUACAACCCUGAAGAUCCUACGUGUCUGCUGCUCAUUAGUAUGCAUUAUGAAUUAUGGAUAUCCAAGGAUUUUGGAGAAAAUUGGACGCUAAUCCAUCAAUCGGUGUGUUCUGCUAAAUGGGGGCCCAGAAACAUGAUCUUGUUCACCAUAACAACCGCAAAUGAAUCUUGUUCUGACUGGCAUGAAACAGUUUGGUCCCUAACUAUGAAGAGAACAUCCGACUUUGGUCAAACAUUCAAUGUGCUAAAAGAGAAUAUCCACUCGUUUGGAUUAUGGGGUCGUUUUCUUUUGGCAUCCGUUAUGGAGGAGGACAGAAUGAAGAGGAAGAUCCACGUAUCUCAGGAUCAUGGCGACACAUGGAAUGUGGCUCAACUCCCAUCUGUUACACAUGAGCAAUUUUACUCUGUUUUGGCAGCCAAUGAUGACCUGAUCCUUAUUCACGUGGAUGAUGAAGGAGACACAGGCUGCGGAACCAUUUACACAUCUGACGAUCGGGGCAUUGUGUAUUCCAAAUCCUUGGAGAGACAUCUUUAUACCAAAACAGGAGGAGAAACUGAUUUCACUAAUGUGACAUCCCUCCGUGGAGUAUUCAUUACUAGUGUUCUCAGUGAAGAUAAUUCUGUCUAUUCUGUCAUUAGCUUUGAUCAAGGAGGGGAAUGGAACCGCAUCAAGAAACCAGAAAAUUCUAAUUGUGACUCAACCGCAAAAGACAAGGAGAAGUGUAGUCUGCAUAUUCAUGGCCAGUAUAGUAUAUCACAGAAACUUGCAGUCCCUCUCCCACCAAUGUCUGAGCCCAAUGCUGUGGGAAUAAUCAUUGCACACGGCAGUGUGGGGGAUGCAGUGUCAGUCGCUAGCCCCAGUGUGUACCUCUCUGAUAAUGGUGGUUACUUGUGGAACCGUAUACUGGAUGGCCCACACCAUUAUGCAAUUUUGGACUCUGGAGGGCUUAUUGUGGCAGUAGAGCAAAGUGAAAUCUCCAUCAACACCAUUAAGUUCUCAAUUGAUGAAGGGCAGUGUUGGUUUUCAUACAAUUUCACCACUCAACCUGUAAUAUUCACUGGUUUGGCCUCCGAGCCAGGGGCUCGCUCCCUGAAUGUCACUGUGUGGGGGUAUGAGCCAGGAUUGAUUCACAGAGUUUGGAAGUCCUACACUAUUGACUUUGCUUCACUUUUAAAUAAGAAUUGUGAAGAUAAAGAUUACAUCAAUUGGUUAGCACAUUCCACUGACUCUGAAGCCCCCUCAGAUGGUUGUGUUUUGGGCUACAAAGAACAUUACCUCCGCCUACGGAAAUCUUCGGUUUGCCGGAAUGGACGGGAUUACCUAGUGAGCAGUCAACCUGAGUCCUGUACUUGUACACUGGAUGACUACAUGUGUGACUUUGGAUAUUUCCGUAAGGAAAAUGAGUCAACGUGUGAGGAGCAGCUGGAAUUUAAGGGCCAUGACAUAGAACUGUGUAUAUAUGGGGAAGAGGAAAAACUGCAGACAAGUGGGUACCGUAAGAUCCCUGGAGACAAGUGCACUGGUGGCGUGAACCCCACUCGGCAAGAAAUGGACAUGAAGAAGAAAUGUCCACUUGACAUGCCAUCAAAAAUGCAGGACAACACAGCAAGCUCUAUUCCUGUUAUUUUGUCUGUAGUUGUGGUUCUGCUGGUUGCUAUUGCUGCAGCCAUCUUAAUAAUGAAGAAAUAUGUUUGUGGUGGUAGAUUCCUUGUACACAGGUACUCCGUCUUGAGGGAGAAUGCAGAUACUCUAGGAGAUGAGCAUUUGGAUUCAAACAUUGGUGCAGCUCACAGAAGCAGUGGUUUCCAUGAUGACUCUGAUGAGGAUCUUUUGGAAUGAUGAUUAUUUUUUGAGGGUAAAAUGGAAUUUUAUAUUUUCUGACCCUCCUUGAUACAUUUUGAAUUGCUUUACUGUGACAUGAAGCACCAAUGGAACAGAAUGCACAGAAAAAGGAUCCUCCUCGAUUUUCCUGCAAAGAAUGGUGGUUGUGCUUUUAACAGAAGUCUUUCAGAUGAACGAUUUACGCUGGAAGAAUAAAAAUUGUAGAACCUACUUUUGCUGUACAUCUGGCAAUUCCAGCUUUGACUUUUACAUUGCUCCAACUAUGAGCCUUCCUUUUUCUUAUGUAACAAGCUAGGGUUUGAUGGGUGAAAUACACAGAAGUCCAUGCAAAUUAUUAAGCUUCCUUGCAGCGUUUUUAUAAUGCUGGUCAUUCCACACCAAAACU